AUGUAUGCGCGAUAUGUGCCACCACCAAAAGGGACUGUUCAGAAGAGCCCGGAGCCAUUGCAGACUAUUGAAACAGUAUCGAACUCUGUGAAGUCGCAGCCGACAGCUUAUGCAAGAUACAUUCCACCUUCAAAACCCGUCAAUAAUCAAUCUGAUUAUCAUCAACCCUCUCAGCAUGUUCACUUUCAAGAUGAUAUCAAUGGAAAUGAGCCACCGAAUAAGAAACCUAGGCUGAUGGACGAGAGUCAUGUUACUAAGGAGUCAAAAAAGAAGAACAGAAAAUCAAAACAAUCCAAGGAGCAACACACCAGUGCAGAAGACCUAGAGGAGGCCGCUGAUGAUGAGCUCGUGAUAGAGCCGGCCUCUCAAGUUAAGCCAGAUGAAAUUGAGAUAGCUCCAGAGCUGGGCGCAUUAGAACCGGUAGCACCUCAGCAACCAACUCUAGAGAAGCUUCCCGAACUUCCUGAUCAAGGGCGGAAAGAGAAGAAAAUUAAAAAGAAAUCGAAAAAGAAGGGAAAUUCAGAGGCUCAAGCUGAGUCCGAGGAUGAAACCCCAAUACGGCACAAAGCAGUUCUAGAAAGAGCGGCAAAGUCAAUACGAGCUCCCGAGCUCCAAUCUGUAGCAGACAAGCAUGAAGAUACACUGAUGCAAGAUGCGCCAGACGCCAGCGAUGGAAACGAAACGAAGGCCGCCGCCGAUAAUUCUAUGGACGUGGAUGUAGAUACACCCGAAAUCCGUGGUCUUCAACCGCUACCUCAGCCCAAGCCGGUCGUUUCUGAAACUACGAAACCGGCUUACGAGACAUUACCGUCCUGGUUAGCGAAACCAAUUCGUGUAUCUCCGCAGGCUACGGCACACUUUACAGAGUUUGGGCUCUCACCGGACCUAGGGAUCACUUCCGAAGUAUCAGAGAGGUUGGCUGCGAAUGGAUAUAAGCAAGCGUUUGCUAUACAAACCGCUGCGAUACCGUUGCUUCUUCCUCAUCACGACAAGAAUAUGCAUGGUGAUGUUUUGGUUUCCGCCGCGACCGGUUCUGGAAAGACUCUAGCAUAUGUCCUACCCCUAGUACGAGACUUGAGCCAAGGCAAUCGACAUCUGACAAAGCUCCGUGCUGUGGUUGUUCUUCCGACUCGGGAACUUGUGAAGCAAGUUCAACAAGUAUGCGAGGAAUGCGCAGGCGCAUUUGCUCUCAAUGGUACUAAGAGGAGAGUACGUGUUGGAAUCUCCAUGGGUAGCCAGUCCGUUGACCAAGAACAAGCCGCCCUUGUCGAAAGGGAAGAGGAAUAUAACCCGGAAGCAUUCGCUAAACGGAAUAGGAGACUUGCUGCUGAGAGCGAAUAUGGUUCUGAUGAUGAGAGCGGCAAGGGUUACAAUACCGAAGAUGAAGAGAGAGCAGCGAUUCAAAAGAAAGAAGACAGGAUCCAAACAUUACCGGACCACGUAAUCGCAUACAAAUCCAAGGUUGAUAUUCUUAUCUGCACGCCUGGGAGGCUUGUUGAACAUAUUAAAUACACACCUGGUUUUUCGUUAGACUUUGUCCGUUGGCUCGUCGUUGAUGAAGCCGACAAACUGCUCGGCCAAAACUUCCAACAGUGGCUGGAUAUAGUUAUUCCGCGACUGCAGUCGAGUAAUGGCUCCCGAAACCACAAGCAAUCCAACCUGUCAGGUGUUCGGAAGGUCAUUCUCAGCGCUACGAUGACAAGGGAUCUUGAUCGUCUAGAAGGGCUAAAGCUUCGCUGGCCCAAGUUAAUCAUACUAGAGGGCUCAGGUAAUACUGAAGAGCCAGAUGCUACUAUAAGUCAAGCUGACCUUGCGCUUCCCGAAACGCUCGGAGAAGCUGCACUCAAAGUUAGCGACCCUAACCUCAAGCCGCUCUUCCUGUUAGAUCUACUUCAGAGCAAUUACAUACUGGGUCAGAUCAGCUAUGACAGGUCGAGAGAUGAUACUUCAGAUAGUGACACCUCUUCAUCUGGAUCCGACUCGGACUCUGAUUCUGAUUCGGGCUCUGAUUCAGGUCUAGAGAGAUCACUUAAGACUUCCAAUAUCACCCCCCUUACCACGAACACACCUAGUGUCUUAAUAUUUACCAAAUCAAACGAAACAGCUCUACGUCUCUCACGUCUCCUUUCACUGCUUUCGCCAAAAUUGGGCGCUCUUGUCGGCACACUUACCUCAACAACGCAAUACGUAGCUCGGAGACGCACUAUUCGGUCGUUUUUAUCUGGAAAGUUACGCAUUCUCGUUGCGUCCGACCUGGUUGCUCGUGGCAUAGAUCUUCCUACUCUGGAUCAUGUUGUCAACUAUGAUAUGCCGUCUAGCAUAGCUUCAUACAUUCAUCGCGUAGGCCGUACGGCCAGAGCUGGGAAGACCGGCAAGGCGUGGACACUAUUUACUAAUCCGGAGGCAAGGUGGUUUUGGAACGAAGUAGCUAGUGAGACCGCUAUCCAAAGGAGCAAGAAAGUAGAGCGCAUCAGGGUGACUGAGGAGAAAGAGGAUGCGUUCGAAAGAAAGAUAGCUGCUUACGACUUGGCACUUAAGAAAUUAGGAGAAGAAGCAAGCGGGUGGAAGAGUCGACCGCGCCAUCCUAAGGGGCAUACUCUCGAGUCAUAG